GUUGUUACACGUGACUCUUCAGUUCGAGUAGAUUGUCUGCUAAGAAGUGUCAAAAUCGUUCUGUUUGGUGUUGGAUUACCGACACACCUGAUUGUUACUGUUAAUGAUAAAGGUGUUGUAUAUCCGUUUGUUUUUUUAAUAUGUUCACUAAGUUUACAUUGUGAAUAAGUUCUGUACAAUAAACAUUUAAUGUGACCUGCCCAUGAGACGGAAAAAGAAAAGGAUUUUUCAAUUAAUAUCUCAGGAAGAUCUAUUGAUUAGCAGCACGUGAUGGAAGUGGUAAUGCAGACACAGGAGAUUAUCUCCUUGUUCUCCUCUCUGGGUUGUCCUGUGGGUGAUGAAUAUAUACCAGGAGAUGAUUGCCAGGCAACAUUGGAGGAAAUCCUGUCCAGACUGUACAAGGAGGACAAAUAUGUACGGGCCUUUAGAUGUGUUAUAUCAAACUCGCAAGUUUUGAAAAAAGAUCUCCUUCCAUUAUUUUACAACGUUAAAAAUGAUUAUAAAAUUUUGGACUUGAUAAUCGAGAUACUGGAGAACCUGAUGAUACCUGUCGAGUGCCUGUUGCCCAUUGAUAUAAUGAUCAAGGAGGAUGCUGGCAGAAGCACCAUCUAUCAGCUCAACUGGCUACUGACCGCUUGCAAGGAGGCCUUCCUCAACCCUUGUGCCACCAAGAGCGUCAUCGACUACAUGAAGCUCAUUAUCAAAAAGGAACAGCAGCUGACCAGCGAGGGAAGUAAUAGUAUCAGCCUAUGCUUGGUGCUGCUGCGGAAUCUUCUGCAUAUCCCCGAGGUGCGUGGUGGCGCUCCUGGUGGUGGCGCCUCACACCAAAACCAGAUUAUCUGGCAUCUGUUCACUCAGCAUGUUGACAAGGUCUUGAUCCAGCUGAUGUCAUGUGGAAGGCGUAGGCAGUGGGGAUCCUAUAUUGUACAGCUAAUCUCCUUGCUGUACAAGGAUCAGCAUAGCAACACUCUCUACAAGCUGCUCAACAUCUGGUGUGAUACAGCACUUACUGAGAGCUCGGAGGACGACGAGAGUAACACCUCUCCGCAGGACCAGGCAUCAGGUGACUCCUCGUCUAUGGCGACGUCUGAUCCUACUUCUGACUCCUCUGACAGUGAUCACCAGAAACACACUCCCAAAAGUGAAGUGGAAUCCAAACAUCAGUGCCACCCAAAGCAAGUGGCUCAGACUCGCAUGACGGAGAUGUUGGCACAUGGUAACGGCCGUAAGGCCCAGGUUGCCAUGAGAAACAAACACGGCAACAGCAAAAACACUCACCCAGCCAAACAUCGGCAGCCUGAUCACAGUCACCCUUUCGAGUCUCAGACCACCAACAAGAUGAUGCAGGGAACCAGGAUGUGCUGGGGAUCAGAGAGUGGGCUGGGGAGUAGUGUGUCCACCUGUGGCAGUAUGAAGAUGGAGGAGGAGUCAGAGUGUGGUUAUGUAUCACAGAACCAAGAGACCAUCUCAACGUCUAGUAAUGAGGACAAGGAACCUUCCAGAUUUGGAAAGAAGAAGACUAUCCUUCAAAAAUCUUUACAUAUGAUUCAGACUAAUCGUUACAACAAUGGAAAGUUACCUUUGACUUGUCAAGCCAGGAAAGAGCUCCGUAGAGAGAAACUCAUGAAACGCAGCAAGACUACCACCAUGAGCAUUAAAACGUUCCUGAACCAUACACCUAGUGAAGAGGACAUCGCUCACCUGCUGAAGGAGUUCACUGUGGACUUCCUGCUGAAGGGAUACGGUCUGCUGGUCUCAGAUCUCAAGCUGGUGGUACUGUCCACCCAGGAUUUGCAGAUGGAUACCUCGCACUUCACUUGGCUCAUCAUGUUUUUCUUGCCGUUUGCCACACAGCUAGAGCUGGACCUGGACCUCAUCAGCCCUAUAUUAUCACACGACACUAUUUCGUACUUGACCUAUGAAGGUGUCAAUCUAUGUGAGGAGUUAGAGGUAGCAAAGCUUGAUGUGGGGGAAAAACUUACCGGAAUUCUCAGCAAACUGUACUUGAUUGUGUCUUGUCUCAAAGAGAUUAUAAUCACUGUUGAAGUGUAUAGAAAGGUCACUCAUCUUACAAAAGCUGACCGGGAAUAUUUGAAACAGCUGCAAGAAAAGAUCUGCCACACAAAUGACCUGAAGUAUCUUUUCAUCUUGUUGCUUCGUCACUUUGACCCCAUGGUCCACAGUCAUCAGUUCCUGCAGGAGACGGUGGUGGCCAACCACAACUUGCUGGUGCUGAUAGAGAACUGCCCCAAAGUGUCCAGAGCAGCCGUGCUGGAGCACCUCAGACAGUUUGCCAGUGAGGAUGUGAUGAAGCAGUAUGGAGUGUUGUUGGCUUGCUAUAUGGACAAUGGGGAGAUGGUCAAUAAUUGUAUCUUCACCAUGAUGCACCACGUUGCUGGAGACCUGGAGAAAGUUUCUGUAUUAUUCCAGCCAUCCAUAUUGAAAUCUUUCACCAUGAUUUUGAAAACUGAAUUUGAAAUCCGAGAUGACUGGACAGAUCUGGUGGAGUACGUUGUGCAGAAGUGCCUGAAGACAAAGCAGAUCAAGGCUGUACCGACAGGGCUCAACAUAAGUGUGGAUGAAGAUGAAGAGAUGGCAGCUGAUACAGCUCAUCGUGAGAUAACCUCAGUGCCUGUACAGGAGCCUACCGAACCUGAGCAACAGAAACACAAAGAAACGACAUUGCGGCUAGUUAAGGAGAUUUCAGGCAACUUCAUUUCACUUGGUGACAGGUGGAGCAAGGAAGAUCUGGAUAGUCUGUGUUGGUAUUUCUCUCAGUCCGUCUCUGUGGCCGAUCCCAUUGGCCAAAUCAGACAGCUGUUCCUAGAGAACUGCGGUCAAACUAAAACUAGAACAGGAAUUGUAGAGAAUUUGUGGAAGCAAGGGCUUAUACUAGAGAACCAGUACAAGAAUCUUCUGGCGCAGGAAACAUCUCUGAAUGAUCCUGAAACAAUCCAGAACAAGAACACAGAAAUAGAUAUUUUAGAAGGCAUCCAAGUAAUUAUCGACUACCUGUAUGCAGAGAACAAGGGUUUUUUUUGUGAAGUGGCUGCAAGGCUGCCUGUUGGAGGCUUGCUAUGCCAGACUGUUGGUAGACCACAUUAUGACACCCCGAGAGCCUGUUGAACCCGUCGCCUACUAUUACACCAUGCUAGGCCAACCAGUGCCUUUGGUCACCUGGAGCCAGGAAUUGUGGAAAGUGAUGCAGCUGGAACCCUCAAUCUGGCUGCUAUCAGCUCUUAACUUUCACCUACCCACUCGUACCGGCCAGGCUCGGAUAUUCGCUCGU